AUGAAACUAAGGGCAGAAGACGUGUUGGCAAACGGAACUAGCAGACAUAAAGUUCAAAUUGAUAUGGAAAGACAGGUUCAAAUUGCAAAAGAUUUACUCGCACAGAAAAAGUUCUUAGAAGCUGCUAAACGCUGCCAACAAACUUUGGACUCUCUCCCAAAAGAUGGUUUGUUGCCUGAUCCUGAACUGUUUACUAUAUUCGCACAAGCUGUAUACAACAUGGAAGUACAGAAUUCUGGUAAUCUGUUUGGGGACGCUCUUCUGGCAGGUGACGAUGGAUCUGGGUCUGAGUCUGAGUCUGAGCCUGAGUCUGAUGUGAGCAAUGGAGAAGAGGGGAACGAGAACGGUCAAACAGAAAUUCCUAAUUCUAGGAUGUUCCAAUUCGACCAAGAAGAGGAAGACUUGACUGGUGAUGUCGACAGUGGUGAUAGUGAGGACAGUGGCGAAGGUAGCGAAGAAGAGGAAGAAAACGUGGAGAAAGAGGAAGAACGCUUAGCUUUGCACGAAUUGGCUAACUUCAGUCCAGCGAAUGAACAUGACGAUGAAAUUGAAGACGUAUCGCAACUUCGCAAGUCUGGUUUCCACAUUUACUUUGAAAAUGAUCUGUAUGAGAAUGCUUUGGACCUACUGGCGCAGGCCUUGAUGCUGUUGGGCCGCCCUACAGCAGAUGGCCAAUCUCUAACCGAGAACAGCAGAUUGCGCAUCGGUGAUGUGUAUAUCCUGAUGGGUGACAUCGAAAGGGAGGCGGAGAUGUUCAGUAGAGCCAUUCAUCAUUACUUGAAGGCGCUUGGCUAUUACAAGACCUUGAAACCCGCAGAACAAGUAACUGAGAAGGUGAUACAAGCAGAAUUUUUGGUGUGUGAUGCUUUAAGGUGGGUUGAUCAGGUGCCGGCUAAGGACAAACUAAAAAGAUUCAAGCAUGCCAAGGCUCUGCUUGAAAAACACAUGACUACAAGACCCAAGGACAGCGAGUUACAGCAGGCAAGGCUCGCACAGAUUCAAGACGAUAUUGAUGAGGUGCAAGAAAAUCAGCAGCACGGCUCCAAGAGGCCUCUUUCGCAGCCCACGACCUCCAUCGGCUUCCCCGCCCUCGAAAAGCCCCUUGGUGACUUCAAUGAUCUCUCUCAACUGGUCAAGAAGAAGCCUAGAAGGCAUUGA